AUUUUGAUGUUACAGUGAUUUAAACCCACACGAAGACCCCCGAAACUUUGAGUUAGACAUAAUGAUCGCUUACUAAUUUAUCAUGGAGGCGGAAACUGCGACCAUGUGGUUACGAAAAGCAGUGUUUUGGAGUUUGCUUGGAAUUAUUCAAUUCAUAGACGUGGGUGAAGCGGCGUACCGGAGCGGUUACAGGAGCUACAGAAGUUACAGGAGUGGUUACAGUAGCUACAGGAGUUAUAGAACCUACAACUCCUACUACCGGAGUUACUACUACGGGUACUACGAUGCUGGGUCUGGAGGUAACAUGACAGCCGCCAUUGUAGGAGGAGUGAUCGGAGGCGUGUUCCUGAUAGCACUCGUGUUCUUCGUCAUCUUCCUCCGGUGUAAAUAUGUGUCAUCUUACCGUCGUACGUCCCCGGUCGUCGUCGUUACUGAACAGCCAGUGAUAAUCCGCAAACGUGAGGCGAAAUCCAAACCAGAAAAAGUCAUAGUUCCACGAAAGAAAAAAACAGGGCCCCCACUUCCUCUGACUCCACCAGGACAUUCGGCUGGACCUGAACCUGGUCAACAUCGACCACCAAGCGCGCCCCCUGCCUACGAUUCUGUGUACCCCCCGUCAAAGAGCGAGGUGGGAACAGGAGUGUAUCCGCCCCCACAACUUGAUGAAGUACCGAACGCCUUUGUGUAUAAACCACCAUUUUAGUCAAUUUCUAACAUUGUUAGC